UCGCACGUGUCCCCCCCCCCUCCCCACCACUUCUCCCUCUAAAAUCUCCCACCUCCCAUGUCUACUCCUCCUCCUCGUCUUCAUGCCACCACCCAUGGCGCCACCACCACCACCACCGCCGCCGCCGCCGAUUCUCCUCCUCCUGCUGCUUCUGCUCGCCGCCGUGGCAGCUGACGUGUCCACUGCACUGUGCUUCGACUACGCGACGCUGACGCUGGGCAGCCUCAAGCUGCUCGGCGACGCGCACCUCAAGAACGGCACCAUCCGCCUCUCCCGCGACCUCCCCGUCCCAAACUCCGGCGCGGGGCGGGCGCUCUACGCCACCCCCGUCGCCCUCCGCGGCGGCUUCUCCACCCAGUUCGCCUUCACCGUCGCCACCCUCAACGCCGACUCCGUCGGCGGCGGCCUCGCCUUCGUCCUCGCCUCCGACGGGGUCACCCUCGGCGAUGCCGGGCCCUACAUCGGCGUCUCCGCCGCGUCCGAUGUCGCCGCCGUCGAGUUUGACACCCUCAUGGAUGUGCAGUUCGGGGAUGUGAAUGGGAAUCACGUCGGGUUGGAUCUUGGGAGCAUGGUGUCCGCCGCGGUUGCCGAUCUUGAUGGCGUUGGGGUUGAGCUCACCAGCGGGAGGACGGUGAACGCGUGGAUCGAGUACUCGCCCAAGAGCGGCAUGGAGGUGUUCGUCUCGUACUCGCCCAAGCGCCCCGCCGAGCCGGUGCUCUCCGCGCCGCUCGAUCUCGGGGAGUAUGUCAAGGGCGACGCGUUCGUCGGCUUCUCCGCCUCCACGCAGGGGAGCACCGAGAUGCACGCCGUCGAGUGGUGGACAUUCUCCACGCCCACCUCCUCCUCCUCGUCGCCGUCCAAGCCGUCCCCGCGUAUGGCGACGCCUUCGUCCCCGCCGCCGGAAGCGCCGGUUUCGUCAGCCGCUCCGCCUCCGGCGAGUCUUAAUCCGAUGCUUCCCUCGCCUCCGCAGCUUCCCGGCGUAUCCACGACGACGCCGUCGCCGCCGGCGUCCACGGUUUCGAUGCCUCCCACCAACUCGGUCGCGGUGGCGAGCGCUCCGGCCAAUUCGACGGCCGGGAUUAGUAAUGCCGGAUCGCCGCACCCGCCCGCGCACGCGGCGGUGGCGGGCGCCGCGACGGCGGGGGCCUUCGUGGCCGUCUCGUUCGCGGGCUUCGCGCUGUGGGCGCUGGCGCGCCGCGCCAGGGCGAGGAGGCGCGGCACCACGGCGCUGGCGGCGGUGGCCGACAAGCGCGACAGCCUAGCGUCGGCGGCGGCGCUCGCGCGCUCGCCGCGGGAGUUCACCUACAAGGAGCUCAGCGCCGCCACGCGCGGCUUCGACGCGUCCCGCGUCAUCGGGAACGGCGCGUUCGGCACCGUGUACAAGGGCAUCAUCCCGGACACGGGCGCCAUGGUCGCCGUCAAGCGCUGCACCAAUGCCAGCGCCGACGGCGCGCAGGCGCGGUCGGAGUUCCUCUCCGAGCUCUCCAUCAUCGCCGGCCUCCGCCACCGCAACCUGCUCCGCCUCCAGGGGUGGUGCCACGAGAAGGGCGAGAUCCUGCUCGUCUACGACUACAUGCGCAACGGCAGCCUCGACAAGGCGCUGUUCGACGCGUCCUCGCCGGUGCUCCCGUGGAGCCACCGCCGCGAGAUCCUCGCCGGCGUGGCCUCGGCGCUGGCCUACCUCCACCACGAGUGCGAGCGGCGCGUCAUCCACCGCGACGUCAAGUCCAGCAACGUGAUGCUCGACGACGCAUACCGCGCGCGGCUCGGCGACUUCGGCCUGGCGCGGCAGGCGGAGCACGGCGAGUCGCCCGACGCCACCGCCGCCGCCGGCACGAUGGGCUACCUGGCGCCGGAGUACCUCCUGACGGGGCGCGCCACGGAGGCCACCGACGUGUUCAGCUUCGGCGCGCUGGUGCUGGAGGUGGCGUGCGGGCGGCGGCCGAUCGGGGCGACGGAGGGGAGGUGCAACAACCUGGUGGAGUGGGUGUGGAGCCUCCAUGGCGCAGGCCAGGUGCUCGACGCGGUGGACGCGAGGCUGCGCGGCGAGUACGACGAGGCGGAGAUGCGGAGGGCGAUGCUGGUGGGGCUCGCGUGCUCGAGCCCGGAGCCGGCGCUGCGGCCGGGGAUGAGGGCGGUGGUGCAGAUGCUGGGCGGAGAGGCGGACCCGCCGUUCGUGCCGGCGGCGAGGCCGUCGAUGAGCUUCUCGGCGAACCACCAGCUGCUGCUGAGCCUGCAGGACAGCGUGUCCGACUACAACGCGCUGGGCCUCAACGACCUCUCCGACGACUCCUCGUCGGACUCGCUCAGCUCCUCCUCGCUCACCAGCACGCUGCGCAAGGGCGGCCACGACAUCGCCGCCUUCAGCUCCGCCGCCGCCGGCGACGCCGCCCGGUGAAUUUUACUGCCUUGUUUUUCUCUCUCUCUCUCUCUCUUAAUCCUACUAGAUUCUAGUGGUGGUAAUUUUCUCUCCAAUUGUAUGUAUAUGUAUUGAGUACAUAGAUUAGCAUUGAGCUCAAAAUUCCAUUUGUAAUACUCCUACUUACUUAUCUUGAUAAUUAAUAAUCCAAGAAAUCAAUCAGAUGAUUCAUUCGUUCAAUCCAGUAAUCCAUUAUUCUCGCAAAUUCUUUCACAGAACUGCAAGCAGAUUAAUUCAUCAGAUUUCUGUGAACAAAAGUACCUUCUUUUUGUUAAAUGAAGAACAAAAUAUCUUGUUGAAAUACAGUAACAUUUUACAUAGGAAUGACUUGUUGGGUGUGCAAUGGAAUGGAAAUAUCCAAUGCUUGAGCAAUUGGGCAGGAAGCUGAGCUGGUUGCUGCAGCAGCAUGGCAAGGAAAGCAUCUUCCCUUCCAAUCUUAGUGCUGCAUAAUUACUGAUCACCUCUUCUAGUUCUAGCUAUCUGCUAGUGAUUACUCCUACUUAUUAUUAGCUUUGCUUUUAGGAGCAUCGCAUGAAAGUCAUCCAUGAUUCAUUCUUUCGAGCCACCAACCAAAAUUCUCAAUUGGAUUAUCAAGAUAUCAAUAGCUUAGCCUGAGUUAUUAGUAGCUGCCACUAAUCCUAACACUGUUGUUGCUGUUGCUUGUCUACUACUAGUAGUACUUGUAUGCUAACUAAAGCAAGACAGCCACAGCCACUGAUAGUGUCACUCACUCAAGCACGCUCAACUAACUGAUUCGAUGAGCGUGGAAUUGUCAACGUCAGCCUGGAUAGAUCGAUUAUACUUUGCCUACCUGGCUUAGCUUAGUCCCGUGAUCUCGCUGUCACUGUCGAGUGGGCCCGGAACAGUUUUGGAGCCCACAACAGUGUGCUGGUCUUUUCGGUUUCCGGUAUUCCACCGGUUUUCUCCGCUUGACAGAAAUCCUCUGCAAUGGUGUGUUUUUGGUGUUAAGACUCUUUUCCAAUCAAAGAUGGCAAUAAUAAUACAGCGGAAGAUAUAAGAAAUUCUCAUUAUAUUUUUAGUGUGUUGAUGUUGAUUGGGGUUAUACAUAAGAAGAUAGAACAUCUGUGUAUUUCCUACGUUUACAAAUAAGAAGAUAGAACAUCUGUGUA